AUGAAGGUUGCGCGAAAGAAAUUCGUCGACGAUUUCAGCGUACUUGGUGUCGAAAAAUGCCUGUUGGAGGCGCUGGCUGUCAUGUUUUCCCCGCGAGUUGUCUCAUCGCUGCCUGAUGAGACAAUCAAGGCGAUUGCUGAAGAAGACGACGGGGCCAGGGGCGAGCGCGAGCGAUUGGAGCAGAGGGUGGCAACGCUCAACAGCGGUCUAACUCAACUUCACCGCUUCGAUCGACACAACAUAUCAGGUGAGGCCACGCCAACAAACACCACGCAGAAUGCUGAGUGCCACAGUGAAAAUUUCGCCGGGUGA